AUGGGCGAAUACAUCAAUUCCAACCAUACCUCCAUCCCGGGCACUGUCAUCGAUGCCGUGUUGAAGCCCGCUCGGCGCACGGUCCCGGCCAGCAGAUGGGGUGUGGCUGCUCAAUGUACCACCGAAGACUUCAAAACCAGAACAGACAAGCAUAAGCCACUAGCCAAGGAUUGGAGCUACCUUUCAGACGGCCGAAGCGUGUUCGAUAUCUCUGUAGCGCUAAACUACGGUCAAGGUAGCGGGUCUCCCCAGCUUCUACGGUGGAUCAUUGAACACACCGAGAUGGUCCACAACCCCCCUUAUGCAGAUUGGGGAUGCACCAUGACCGUUGGCAACACUUCGGCGCUAGACAUGGCUCUUCGUAUGCUCGCCAAACCGGGAGACUAUGUGCUAUCAGAAAAGUUCACGUACUCGACGGCUGUCGAAACCGCGAAGCCGAUGGGUGUCAAGUUCCUCGGUGUCGACAUGGACGGAGAAGGCUUGUUGCCAGAGAGCCUCCUUCAAGUGUUGGAUGCGUGGAACCCAGCAGAGCACGAUAACGCGGCGAAACCAUUCUUAUUGUACCUCGUUCCAACAGGUCACAACCCCACCGGCGCAACUCAGAGUCUCCAGCGCCGCAGAGACAUCUACCGGGUGGCACAGCAGCACGAUCUGGUCAUUCUGGAAGAUGAUCCAUACUACUGGCUUCAGAUGGACGCCUACAGCACACCUGCGGAGCCAGCAGCACCUUCCACCUCCCCCCAGUCGCCGGCAGAUUUGCUCAAGACAGUCGUCCCAACAUACCUCGCCAUCGACACAGACGGGCGUGUCAUGCGCAUGGAUUCUUUCAGCAAAGUAGUCAGCCCUGGAUCUCGAAUCGGUUGGAUUACUGCUCCGCAAGCAGUUGUGGAGCGAUACAAGACCCAUGCAGAUGUAUCGACACAGGGACCCAGUGGAUUCAGCCAACUCGCAUUCUUCAAGCUUCUAGAUGAGUUCUGGGGCCACGCCGGGUUCCUUGAGUGGAUGCUACAUAUCCGUAGAGAGUACACUGAGCGUCGGGAUUUUAUGGUGCGAGUUUGCGAGGAGCACUUGCCGCGGGAAAUCGUCUCAUGGGAGCCGGCACGAGCGGGCAUGUUUCAAUGGCUGGGCGUGGACUGGCAAAAACACCCCGAUGCCUCGACGAAGUCUCCGAGUGAUAUUGAAGAGGAGAUAUGGCAAGAGGCACUGGAUCAAGGCGCUCUCAUUGCUCGGGGUAGUUGGUUCAAUGCCAACAAGCACAUCCCGCUGAAUGAAAUUUUCUUCAGGACCACAUUCGCUGCCGCGCCACUGGCUCAAAUCGAGGAGGCAGUGAAUCGGUUCGGAGCAGCGUUGAGGAAAAGCUUCCAACUAUGCUGA